AAACCAAACCCUCAUCCAAAAUGGUGUCUUUCACGUCAACGGUUUCAGGCGGCGCCUAAAAUGGCCGGCGGUAGCGCUUGCGCCUUAGCUGUAAGCAGUUAGUGGGGCCUGGCUGGUUCCAUUGUGUGUGUCGCGGAGUGGAAGGAGCAGAGGGCAAGACUGAGGGAGACAGUGCUGCCUUCGUGUAGGGAUGGAACCUGAGCCGCGAGGAGAUGGCGGCAGCACCAGCCGCGAGGGGCCUGGCGCCGAUGCCAGUUCUUCAUCGACCACCCCUGGGCUUACAGCCUCUCAGCGCCGGGCUGAAAUUCGCCGGAGGAAGCUACUGAUGAACUCCGAAGAGCGCAUCAAUCGGAUAAUGGGUUUCCACCGGCCGAAGGCGGAUGAUGACACAUAUUCAGAAGCAAAGCUUCAACUGGAACAAGCGAAAUCGACCAUUCCUGCUCCUUCUGUUUCCAAGCGUGUUGUACUUGGUGAUACUGUCUGCAGUCUGGCAGGAACAGCCGACCAUGGAAACAGUGCAGUAGAGCACAAGGGAGAGAAAAAGGACUUGUUUAAUAUAGUGCCUGAGGUUGGUAGUGAUGGCACCACUGAGCUCCGGCAGCGCAAUAGAGGUGAUCUGAUGGAACAGCGAACACCUCAGCAUGGCCUAGACCAGUAUUUAUCGAGAUUUGAUGAAGCUAUGAAAUUAAGAAACCAGCUGAUGAGUGAGAAACCAAGCCAGGAAAAUGGGAAUGCUGCAGAGGAAUUUGAUUCUUUCCGUAUUUUUAGAUUAGUUGGAUGUGCCCUUCUUGCUAUUGGAGUUAGAGCUUUUGUGUGCAAAUACUUGUCAAUAUUUGCUCCAUUUCUUACCUUACAGCUUGCAUAUAUGGGGUUGUCUAAGUAUUUCCCAAAGAGUGAAAAGAAAACAAAGACUACAGUAUUAACUGCUGCUCUUCUGUUGUCUGGGAUUCCAGCAGAAGUAAUCAGUCGUUCCAUGGACACAUACAGCAAAAUGGGGGAUGUCUUCACAGACCUUUGUGUCUAUUUCUUUACUUUCAUCUUCUGCCAUGAAUUGCUUGUGUUCUUUGGUUCUGAAGCACCAUGAUAACUCUGGAACUCAACAUGAUACUUCAGAAGAACUGCAUCAGUCUUUAUUCUGUAAAUAUCUCUGGAUAAAUACGUAUCCAGUUCUUAUUUGUUUCAGUGCAGCUUGAAAUGCUUCUGAAUGGAAGGUCCCAACUUCAAAACUGAGUCAAUAAUGCUUCAUAUUGUGCACAGUGAUUGAAAUACGGCAGAUAGACUAUAAAGCUCAGUGCAAGGCUAUGGCCUUUCUUUUAAAUUAGAAUAUGUCCUUUAUCCUUACUGGCUCUGACUGUGUUUUUUCUUACCCUUAUUGGCUCAAACUGUGACCCUUCUCUUUACAGUGUGCUAACAUGGCACUAUUAAUGUUUUGAGCUUGGUUGAACGCUUAUAAAUUAUGAUUUGGAUUCCCUAAUAAUUACUACUCUAUCACUUUUAUUCCCCUUAAUAUCUGAAUCUAUACAUUUAGCUAUAAGGAUGUUCUGACAAAAACAACAUACCAACCAUAGUUGCUGUUUAUGAAUUGGGAGCUGUGUCGUUGUUCUCCUUUUCCCUGCUGAGAUGGCUGGGUUCUUUUUCUUGUUGCAAAGGGUGGGUUUGGAAUGGGAAUGCUAAAGCAAAGCAUGGAGCAAUAAAGCCCAGCCUAAUUCCCGUAUAUGUUUACUCCAAGCAUUCAAUAGCUCUUAAUCCAAGCUGGUGUUCUAAUUCCCAGUAUUUACCUAACCCAUUGUAAUAUGUUGUGUCGAGUAAACAUUACCAGUUAAAAAGUUGCUCUUUUGAGUGGCUAGACUUUUAUAUCUAAGCUAUCACCAGUUUUGUUCAUUUUUUCUGAUUUAGUAAUUACUUCUGCACCAUAGUUUCUGUAUUUUCCUUUCCAAGAAUAUGUGCGUAUGACGUCUAUUUUACAUAAACACUUCUGAGGGAUCGCUACAUUUACUAGUAACUUGGCUUGUGUGGGUACAAAUGGAUCUUUAGCUCUGUUUUAUUGUCAUCUGAUUAGUGCAUCACACUGGUGGUAUAUUAAAUGAAGAUCUAGAACAUGUUCAAAUAACAUAAUAUUGAUGUGCUAGAAAAUAGGUCUUAUAAGUCAUCCAAAAAUAUUUACUUGAAGUAAUUUUCAUCAGAAUCAAUAGGAGUUGAUUCCAAGUGAACAGUUUACAAUAGGUUCAUUGUGGAAGGCUUCUGUUCUGUUUUUCUGGUUAGUACAAUGAUUAUGCUUUUACUUGGUUUUCAGGAUUAUUCUUCAGUUAAUUAAGCAUAUUGUUUCUCCCCCCCCCCCCCUUAGGUUCCUUCAGUAUAUCACAAUUGGUGUUUGUUGUGUAUUGAUAGAUUUUUAUUACUUGAAGAAUGUGUAACUAAAGUAAGGGCUAGUACAGCCUAAGACUGUGAUGUAGGUAUUUGCGUGCCUCCUCCUUCAUGUGAGAAAUCCUUCCCUUCCCACUCAUAUCCCUCAUGUUUUGGUUUGGCAUUGUAAUUAUUGUUGUUCCCUAAUUAAAGGUGCUGCUAAUUCCAGUUAAGAACCUAUGGUCCAUUGCCAGUACUUAAACACUAUUUACUUAUAUUUACACUGGCUUGUUGUGGAAAUUAGGCUGCUAUAGACUAUUUCCAGUAUUGUGAAGGAUAAGUGUAUUUUUCUCUUGGCUUUUGAGGUCUAGUGUCCUGACAGCAGAACAGCCUUGCUGAACAGUUUGGAAGCCUGGAUGUUACUAACCAGCCGCACUCUCUGGAAAUUUCUGCUACCUCCAAGUUUUACUAAUUUAUCAUUGGAACUCUAAUUACAUCAAAACAAGUUUCUCCUUUUAAGAAUAGUAUUUAGAAUCUUAGUACUUUUGUUGAGAAGUAAUAUUGGAAAUAGGUUGCAUCCCAUGAGCUCAUGCAAGAGAGAAGCAGGCAAUUUCAUCCAAUUCCCCUUUUAUACUGUGGCUUUCAAUGUGAUCCAUGAUGAUCCCCCUGCCUCGAGCAUCAGAUUUUGGACUUGUGGGGGCUACUUGGGGAUUGGGUGAAGCUUUUUGGAUCCAACUUAAUAUUACUUAAAAGCAGAUGAAACUUCCUCACUAUUUUGUUUUUAAUUUUAAUGCCUUGUUUGGUGAACCAGACAAUUUAUAACAGUGAAGUCUGUUAUGCGGAAAGUGUCCAGAGCUAGGAUCUGUAGAAGGAACAUAGAUAUGUAGAAGAAAAAAAGGACAAAAGCUGUAAUGUUGCUUGUUAUUUUUGUAGUAGCAUCUCCCACUGUUAAAAUUACAAUAUUUUGUUCAGUUUGAAAAGCCACUUCACUCUUUAGCAGUGGGGAACAGUUAUGGAAGACUAACAAACAUCUGCUUGUAUGCUAUUUCUCUUGUGCAUCUAUCCUUUUGGUUCUGGACACCAUGUUCUAUCGUAUCCAGUUGGCUUUGCCCUACUGCGAAUAGCUAAUUGCACAUGUUCUGGUACAUAAUAUAAAAUUGCUCUGUUUUACUGUAUUUCUGCCAGCCUAUUGAAUGGAUGGAGUUCAGAAGAUUCAGAGAAACGGCUGGGCAAAUAGCUAAAACUGAGUUCGUGUUGAAGGUUUUGUGUUGGCAAAUGGUAACUGCAGAAAUGCUCCAUCUUCACAGAAACACGCAAAAUGCAGAGCCUUCAAUAAUUCUAAACUAGUAAUUUCAGUUAGUUAAACCAUUAUAAUUAGUGUAAAUUGUGACCUUUUUCUGGUAUUUCUGUUGUUCAGGCUUACCAUGUUGGGUUUUUAAGCAGUGAUUCAACUAUGAAUUUUGUUUCUAAUUGGAUCUUUUUAUUUCAACUGUACACCUAAAUUUUAAAAGAAGAUAGAACCUUCUUAUGUAGCCUUUUCUGCUGUAAAAAGAUGUAUGGGAUGUUGUAACAGGCAAAAGUGUUCAGGAGAUGUUUGAUAUGUUACUUCUGCAAAACAGUUAAUCUGAUGUCAUGUAUGUCCAUUCUAGUGUUUAUUUCUACACUGGUUCUAUUAAAAUGAUGUUUCAUUUCUCAA